GUUAGACCGCAGAACAUUUUGAUGAUUACAUUAACUUCCCAACUUAACAAUUUUAAGACAGAGCGACAAGCUAGAAACAUAUGCACAGUGUGUUCAUCAUGAAACUACUCUUGCUGCUUGUUUUGUUCCUCAUAACAUUUUAUAAAGCUGAAUCGAAAAAGCACACAGGCGAUAACACUAUUUGCGUGGAAAGAGGAGAUGUAAGUAUUCAUCACAGAGAAUAUCAAUCUAUAUAGUUUUUGGAUUCUAUAAUAUUUAUGUUCCCAUCGGGUUCAAAUUAACUGACAACUAUGAUCAAAAUUACAGUUCUGUUUAAGCAAACAUGUUCCAAACUUUAUCCACGCAUACCGGCUUAAUACCACUUCAUUCAAGUACAUAUAAUUCAGUAUGCAUGCAUUAUUCAAACUCUUUUAAAAAUCAAAGGAGUGAGCCAUCUAUUCAUUUCCUAAUCUAUGUUAAUAUUUCCAAAGUGCAGUUGCAUACUUUCAGCAUAAGGACCUAGCUGUUCGACCUGAAUGAAACUAAUGUUAACGAGCUGCAUAUAGCCAAAAGCUGCAGAAGUGGGAGGGGGCGAGUCAGGGGGCUGAGCCCCUAUAAAAUAUUAAAUUGGAGGCUAAGCCCCUGAAAUGUUUGCAGUUUGCGUAAUCAUAACCUGGAAAGUUCUUUGCAACUAGUGUGUUUAAUUAAAUGAGAUGCAAUGGUUUUAGUAAUAUGUGCUUGAGUACUAAAUAAUCAUAUCAUUAGAUCAUUUAUGUGGCUCUUUUAGUUUUCGAUACUAUAUAGGACCAAAACUAAAUCACUAGAACUUUUCAUGUAUAUCAUAUUGCACCCCAUAUCUUGUCGCCUUCUCCGAUUGACAGCUAGCCCCCAUGUUGGUAUUUCAGUACUACACCACACAUAUAGCCGAGGUAUACAUCCAUCCCAUUCUAGCCUGGUGACACAAAGUGUGCAUAAUUAAUUAGUUUUUCCUUCCCAACUGAAAUCUCAACUAUAUGGAGUAAGAUGAAAUCUCACGUAUAAAUAUAGCAGUAUUAUUUAUAUGUGAAUACAUAAAUUAUGAUUUAUAAUUAAUAUUAGUGGAUUUCAGUCCUAUAAACAUCUCGGACAUAUAGGUAUUUUAUAAGCUAUACCUAGUAGACAAGUCGACUAGUUUAGUAAAGAUCAUCAGGCAUGUUCAAUUCAUCAUAUUGAAUUAACAAAACAUCAAAAACAAAACUCAUAUCAAGUAUAGACGUAUACAACAAUGAUUUCUUGCAGUGGAGAAUAAUACAAUAACAUUUGAAUUCUAUAGGCACUCGGCGAACAACCGAGACGGACAACCCUUUUCUUCCAAUGUCGUAGUUGAUUUUCAUACUAUUUCUGCGCAUUCAUUUUAACUAGGCUCUAAAGCUGUUGUACGGACACGGGGGUCGACCAGGUCUGCCAGGAUCAAAGGUAGAAAGAUCAGAACUUGUAUUAAUACUAAAAAUUUAUUUUCUUUCUUGGCAUCAUUAUUUUGUAACUUUUAGACAACAGUAAUUUUGAAAAACUAAUCUAUCUAUUUUCCUUUGCAUGAAUGAGAUUAUAUAGUAAUAUGAUAUAUUUUCAGGGUGAUCAAGGUCCGAAGGGGCAAGCUGCAAUGCCAGGUAGUAAGGUAGGA